CGGAAACGGGUGGAAAGGAAGCACCGGAAGGGAGGCCGGGGCAGGUUUCCUCGUUCGCGCGGGGAGUCGGAGGAGCGGCAGGAGGGGCGCGGAACGACGACCACCGGCGGCCGGCAGGGCCCGCUGCCCCCGCCGCCGCCGCCAUGGCCGUGUCGGAGAGCCAGCUGAAGAAGAUGCUUGGCAAGUACAAGUACAGAGACUUGACUGUUCAGGAAACUGUCAGUGUUAUUACCCAGUACAAAGACCUCAAGCCUGUAAUGGAUGGAUAUGUUUUUAAUGAUGGUUCAUCAAGAGAACUGAUGAGCCUCACAGGAACCAUUCCUGUAAAUUACAAAGGUAACACAUACAAUAUCCCAAUAUGUCUGUGGCUGUUGGAUACAUAUCCAUACAAUCCACCCAUCUGUUUUGUUAAGCCAACUAGUUCAAUGACAAUUAAAACUGGGAAGCACGUGGAUGCAAAUGGCAAGAUAUACCUUCCAUAUCUACAUGAAUGGAAACACCCACAAUCAGAUUUGAUUGGCUUGAUUCAAGUGAUGAUUGUGGUGUUUGGAGAAGAACCUCCAGUCUUCUCUCGGCCUACCAUUUCAGCAGCCUACCCACCUUACCAGGCAACAGGACCACCAAACUCUUCCUAUAUGCCAGGAAUGCCAAGUGGAAUGCCUCAUUUCCCUCCUGGACCACCACCUAACCCAAGUGGUUACCCAAGCUAUCCUUACCCUCCCCCUAGCGGAUCAUUUCCACCAACAACUAGCACACAACACUACCCUUCUCAGCCUCCUGUAACUACUGUGGCAGAUGGCAGAAGAAAGCAGAAACAGGUAUGGAUAUGUGGUCAUUCUUACGUUUUCUGGGCAGAAAAAAGAGCACUUGAAAGAAGCUUUGGCCCACAGUUGGGCAUUCGACUGGAGGAUGCCAAACUACAUUGGCUAGGAAAGAGUGGCAUGACGUGGGAUCAGUUGAUACCCAGCCUGUUGCGCACGCGGCGGCGUCUAACAGAUCCUGAUAUAUUGGUGGUCCAUCUAGGAGGAAAUGACCUUGGGACAUAUGCAGAUUAUGAUCUCAUAAGACAAAUGAAGAAAGAUAUAAUUCAUAUUAAGAUAACAUUCAAGAACAGCAUCCUUGUCUGGUCUAAUAUUGUACCCCGCAAAGCAUGGAACCAAGAUAUGUCCCAUGAAUUUAUGGAGAAAAGCAGGAAGAGAGUAAAUCGGGAAAUCAACAGUUUUAUGGAACGUAUUGGAGGGAUUAUAAUCAAACACGAUUCACUUGUCCCAGAGUCUCCAGGAUUGUUCCAUCUAAAUGGUGUUCUCUUGUCUGAAAGUGGCACAGAUGUCUUCAACCUGGAUUUAUUAAGUGUUUUGGAGACUUUGAUCUAACUUUUUCUUUGGAGAAGGAAUAAUAGAUUUCAGUUUAAGCAAGUAUGGAAGGUCUCUACAGACAGAGAUUAUUAGAAAGUUGUGAACGGUGGUAAUUUGAAUUUUCAGGCAGUGGAAUUGCACUGUUAAUAUGGUGGUGGGUAUUAAUUUAGUAAUGUAAUUGCUAGUGGCAUUGUUCUGCAACCACUGCAGUAAGACAUUUGCCGAUAUAUUUAACUUUUUUUAAAAUUCUGUUUACUUCCCCACCCCACUGAAUUCAGUUUGCUUCUACAGUGUCCUUAGAGACACUGCCAAGCAGUUUAGUUUCCCUGAUUGAUAUUCCCAUCCGAAAAAUGCUCAGUGAAUAGCACGAGGUGAUAGCUACCUAAAAUAUGGGAGCAGUAAUAGCUUACAAAGCUAUUUUAUGUGGGUAGAUCAGAAAAAACGUCAUAAAAAAAUAUGUAACUUUGGAAAAGGUGAGUCUGACUAGAGCAGGAAAACAAACUGAAGCAUUAGGGCUUCAUUAUACAUGGACUCACAUGUUACUCUAGUUAUAUGUUAAUCACUUAUGCUUCAUGAGUGUUUAUUAACAUAUGGCAGGCUCAGAGGUAAAAUUCUUAAUAAACCAUAGUUCAUUAAGCAAGAAUAAGCAUCAAGUUUAUUCCUGCCUCCCCAUGUGUGCCAGGUUCAGCCCAAGCUGCUUUUAAGUCACACUUUCCUCUGAAAUGGGGAAUUGAGGUUUAAUACAAGUUUGCUAAUCAGAUUUCAGAUGCUGGUUAGUAAAUCAACAUUAAACCAGUGCUCCCAAUUUCAGACAUAAUGGGAAACUGAGUUAAAGAGCCUGGGCUCAAAGUACUAAAACCAGCAUAAACACCAGAUGCUUGCACCAGAUGCUCCUUCAUGGCUUAUUCAACCAGGAAUGUCACAUCCAAAAUCCUAUAUAAGUUUUAGACGCUGAAAGUUUUAAAUGUUACUCUGCAAGACAUUCAUUGCAAAAGAUCAUGACUGCCCAGAGCUAUUAUGGCACUUGUUAAAACUGUGUGAAGUUUCAUAUUCUGGUUACCUUGAAGCUUGUUGAACUGUCUGACAGUGACUAUGACAGUUUUGCCAUGUUUUGCUUUGGCAUUACUGUGUCACCUUUCCAGGGAAAAAGGCAGAUAGCCUGCAUCGGAAUUUGCUUUUAAAAUAUAAUCUAAUAGAACGACCAUUUUUCACAAUCACUGUUAGUACUUACUAGGAAACAAAUUACAGGGAAGCGUAUGCUUUUUUUAUUUUAAAAGAACCCUGCCGUGAACUUGAUUAUUCUUAAGGAGACUUGGUUGUGAAUGAAGCCACAUGAGACAAUAUCCUUCAGUGUUUCGGUAGCACAUUUUAUGUAAAUUGCUUUUAUGCUGUAAUGUGCCUUUCACAAACAGAGAGAGCUUAACUUCAGUGGCUUACUUCACCUUCCCAGCUUCUCUGAAAUCAGGUCAAUAUCCAGACGAAUUCUGGAUUCCUUGGUAUUGUGGUUUUAAAUGGUCAGUACUUCCAAAUAUGAUAUCAAUCUUGGAGGUUGAUGUUGGAAGCUAAAAUUUAGCACAAAUGUGAUUCUGGAAUGCAAGGGCAACAGGAAUAGAAUGUAGCAGACUAGAAUUGAACUUUACUGCAGUUUAAGAUGAAUGCUUGGAUUACAUUUAUAUUUUUUACAUAACCUCUCUUUGCAUACCACUCUGGAAAUUUCCCACUAGAUUGGGGGAGAACUAUAUAGCCUUUGGGAGGGACAGGAGCAGAAUUCUACAUGUUUAUAGUGCAGUCCAGCUCAUUCCCUUAAGGACAUGGCAGGCGCUUACAACUGACUAUGGCCUUCAUUUUGAAUACUUGCUUGUAGUAGGGACGUUAAGUUCCAAUAUGGAUCUGGGCCUAUCUUUUCUACCUUUUUGAUGUUGGGCAAUGCUGUUUGAUCCAUCUAAUUUGUAUAACUUGGAGAUUUGUGUUCUAACAAUAAAAUACUAGUAUUUA